AGCACAUGAAGGGAUCCUAUCAUAGAUUGGAUUGAAUUGGAUUCAGGAAGGAAGCGCUUCACAACACACGUAGAGUCUAACAAAAUGCUGAGAAUUGAAUGCUCAGGUAGCCCGCAUGAGAUAGGCCUGAAGCAUGGCGCUGAAGCUCGAGAGGCAAUCGGGAGAUGCAUAGCAUUCUAUGCCAAGCAAUUCCGACAGACUGCUGGAAAAGAGUGGCAAGAAGUGCAGGAGAUUGCGGCCAAGUUCGAACCUGUCAUACAAUCAAAAUGGCCCUCGUUUCUGGUGGAGAUGGGAGGCAUUGCGAAGGGUGCUCGAGUACCAUUGGUCGAUGUCAUUGCGAUCAAUGUUCGAACUGAGAUCACUUUCGGUCUGUGGAACCAAGCCAAAAGUACAAGCGAUGGCUGCACCGCGCUGUCGUGGAAGACCAAUGAUGGGGCGUUCUUGGCUCAGAAUUGGGACUGGAUGGAAGAGCAGAAGCCGAAUCUCGUGCUUUUGACGAUUCGCCAGCAUGGCAAGCCAACGAUCAAGAUGGUGACUGAGGCUGGCUUGAUUGGGAAGAUCGGGCUGAACUCAGCCGGGGUUGGCGUUUGUCUGAAUGCCAUCAGAAUUCCUGGAUUGGAUGGGGAGAGAAUACCUUGCCAUCUAGGAUUACGUCUGGCUUUGGAGAGUGAAAGCGCAGAGCAAGCAAUUGACAAGCUCAAAGGAUAUGGUGUAGCUUCUGCCUGCCACUACUUGCUGGCCGACUCGGAGCAGAGCGUUGGACUAGAGUGGAGCUCGUCCGAUGUGCAGGAGAUCCAUCCACGGUCCAAUAAGAUCUUCCACACCAAUCACUACAUGGUAGCUCACCCCGGAGUGGUAGAUAUCCCUUGGCUCGACGACUCCAGCGUCCGACUGGCGAAGAUUGAGGAGCUGUCUAACGUGGCAGAAAGGCAAAGCCUUACUUCGAUCUCCAAAAUGCUCUCGGACGAGACCAGCUACCCAACGAGCAUAUGCCGAGCGCAGAAGGAUGCAUCGACAUUCGCGACACUUUUCAGUAUCGUCAUGGAUCUGAGUGCUCGGAAAGCUGUGGUCAAGGUGGGAAGGCCGAUUGCACCAGAGGAAGUGAUUGAGCUUGCCCUCUGAUUAGCUAUCUUAUCCGAUUUUGCUCGUGUCAGCGUUUGACGUCUUUGCG